UUUUUUUUUAAUCAGUAUGUUAUCGUUAAUAAAACCUUCAAUCUGUUAUCUUUAACUGUUCAUACACUUUUCGAGUUUACAAGAGUGGUUCUGAGGGUCCAGUCCUGCUGCUUCUCCAUGGAGGAGGCCAUUCUGCCCUUUCCUGGGCAGUGUUCACGGCAGCAAUCAUCAGCAGAGUACAGUGUAGGAUUGUAGCUCUGGAUCUUCGAAGUCAUGGAGAAACAAAAGUCAAGAAUUCUGAAGACCUGUCAGCAGAAACGAUGGCAAAGGAUGUUGGCAAUGUGGUUGAAGCUAUGUACGGGGACCUCCCUCCUCCAGUCAUGCUGAUCGGGCACAGCAUGGGUGGUGCCAUUGCAGUUCACACAGCAUCAGCUAACCUGGUACCAAGCCUCUUAGGCCUCUGUAUGAUUGAUGUUGUGGAAGGUACAGCCAUGGAUGCACUUAAUAGCAUGCAGAAUUUCUUGCGUGGUCGUCCUAAAACCUUCAAGUCUCUGGAGAAUGCCAUUGAAUGGAGUGUGAAGAGUGGCCAGAUUCGAAACCUAGAGUCUGCCCGAGUCUCAAUGGUCGGCCAAGUCAAACAGUAGGUCUCAUCUCUUUGCCUGGUUAGUGG